GGACGGUUUGGAGGCGGCGCGUCGCAUAGCGGCAAACUGGGCCUGCUAAUGCUCUCUUGGGUAGCACGCGAGCAGAUGAGGCUCCUUUUCGGCUCGGACGGUGCAGUGCUCGGGUCAUCACGUGUGCCAUGGUUCGGCCCGGUGGUUUUGCGCUACGGAAUUGGGAACUUUUCCUGACUAGAACGUCCCAUGCCCUUUGUGCAUAACGAAACGCUCCCUCGACCUGAUGCUGAACUGCCGCGCGUGCCUUUGGCGAUGCAUACAAGCGCUCGACGUCCCAACCAUCAAUGCGCAACGCCUCCGCCGUAAUGUAAAUCCUCUUCUGCAACGGAGCCAGCAACGGCUGCUAUCCACCCGCAAUGCCACCAGAGCAGAGUACGAGAAGUCUGCAGAUUCGAGCGAGGCCCAAGGGACAUCACGAGAUGAAGAAGAUCAUUUCAAGAACUCGGCUUUCGCAGCAAAUCGGAAGAGGAGAGAAACGGCGGCGCUGCGGCAAACGCCUUCACGACAUCCGGUUGACGAGACACCCAAUCUAGCGAGACUUGGCCGGCGAGACCCGUCCAUGUCAGAUAGCGAAUGGAACAGGAGGAAGAGGGAGUUGCGGUAUUUGCAGGAUCCGCUGGAGCUGGCGACGUUUGUGAGGAACGAGUUAAAAAAGGAUAAGGCAGAGGAGAUGCUGCAAUUGGUGCGCAUGGCGAGCCACUCCAUGCAGUGCAUUGUCAGUUGGAACCAUAUUAUUGACCACUACCUGGCUAAAGAGAGAGUCAACGAUGCGAUCAAGGUCUACAACGAUAUGAAGAAACGCGCACAAUUCCCCGACUCCUACACAUAUACUAUACUCCUCAGAGGCCUCUCGUGGAAUGCGCAUACAUCUGGGGUUCUCAGUAAAGCACUCUCUAUCUACCACUCGCUCUCCGCACCCAACUCACGAGUCGAACCGUCGAUCAUGCACACGAACGCUGCGCUGAAAGUGUGCGCAAGAGCGGGCGACAUGGAUGCUUUAUGGGGGGUGGCUGGAAAGAUACCAGAAAACGGGCCAGCGGCAGCCAAUGCCAUCACAUACAUCACCAUACUUAACGCUAUACGGCAAAGUUUGUUGGUAGACGCGCCCAAAGGAGAGAGCGAAGACGAGACGGCUGCGAGGAGAGAGCGUGGAAUUAUGGAAGGGCGCCGCAUGUGGGAAGAUAUUAUCGGGAGAUGGAGACGCGCAGAUCUCGCCAUUGACGAAGAGCUUGUCUGUGCAAUGGGAAGAUUGUUGCUGAUCGGCAGUCGGCCGCGAGACUGGGACGACGUACUCUCGCUGGUGGAGCAGACGAUGGACAUACCGCGGCUCGUUCCCCGACUAGGCUCGGUGGAGCGACAAGGCGCCGGCCUUCCACACGUGCGAGCUCCCAACGUACCCGAACAGUAUCGUAUCGAUGAUGACCAUCUUUCCCCUGAUAAUGUCCCUGCGCGUGGCGACGAGUUCCUAGCUCUGACGCCUCAGGGCGUAGGUAGUGCAGUAUCGAGCCCCCUCAUUUACGUUCGACCAGGCAACAACACACUCUCCUUAGUCCAGGAAGCAUGCCAAAAAGUUGUAGCGAAUAAGGCAGCUCAGGAAUACUGGGACCUCUUGACCGACCCUACAACGUAUAAAAUCACUCCCGACUUAAAUAACCUAAACAUGCGUUUGCGUAAUCUCCGUCAGAACCGCGCCUCUAGUGCUGCAGUCCAAGUCCUGCAGCAGGAUAUGAUGAAUCGUGCCAUCAGGCCUCCACCUGGUACAUUCAGGAUCGCAAUGAGUACCUGCGUCCGCGACAAAAACAACCACAACUCGCUGAAGAAUGGAGGCCAGAUCUUGGGUAUGAUGUCCAAGACACUGGAAGACGCAGAUCCCAAGACUGUUACUAUGUAUGCUGGGCUUGUUAUCUCUUUCCCCUUAGCCAAAGGCUCGGAUUUUAUCGAUGCCCUCACUCUACUUAAUCCCCUCGUAAAGAAUAUCCGUCUUCAAGUGGGGGUUGGUGCAGGGCAAACCAAGUACGCAGGGCGUCGUGGACCUCAGUAUCUGAAGGGCGAAGCAAGACAAGAUGCCAUCGAUGCUCUGAAGAAAGUCCAUGGCGUAUACGACAAGUUGCUGUUCUCGAAUCUAAUCGCCGAGGAGUUGAAGAGCCCGUUCGAAAAAGAGAGAGCAAGACUCUCUGCAUUUAUCCAGAGGGUGAUGUUCAAGGGCGGACAAACGAAUGCUGAGGAUCAAGAGGCAGAUUUGCAUGGGUAUCUGCGGAAAGAGGACAGCCAAGCAGACGACAGAAUGGAACCGGACGAAGUGAGACAAGGGGACCGAGGCGAGGCCAGACCGUCAUGGAAGAAGGAAUGGAAAAGGCCGCUGAAGAGACCGUCGCGACCAGCAAGACCAGCGAAACCAUUCGAGCGAAGGAAGGGAUACACGUCUCCGGCGGUUGACAAGUCUGGAGAUUUGAGGGACAUGUAGAUAUGACACUUAUGAGGCGUUGCGACAUGAGGAGUGCAAUACAUACCUUUCUUGUAUAACAUCAGUAU